GCUACGGACUCUUCGGAGUCGGCAAUCAGCUGUGACAACAUGGCGGGCGUGCUGUUUAUCGCACGGUCGAUUUAAAUUAAGACACUGGGGAUCCAGAAACAGAACCGCGGGCAGUUAUUUGCAUACGCUGGCGGCGUAAACGAUGGUGGCGCGUAUUAACCCGGAUUUUUAAUAGACGCGAGAGCGUGCCAUCGCCCACCGUUUUGUCACUUGAUGUUGGACCGUCGGCGAAGCUGCUGCGCCACUAAUGUAUAAUGGAAGGCAUUGCGACACGUGCGUUUUCAGCCACAUUGCAUCACACUUGAUGACAAAAGUAUCAGAACCCGUUCAUUGUUGAUUUUAUCCUCGUUGCAGUUUAAGAGAGAUUACUGGAUCAACCCGAAAGUUCAGCGAGAACAGCUGACGAACAAUUAUUCGUGCUUAACUUGCGUUGUAUUUAAAAACUAAAUUUCGACUAGGACGCGCAUGCUUUUGAACGUGAAGGCGAAAAAAUGUGCGUUCGAAGAAAUUAGAGACUGCGCUUUCGCGUGAGAAUUUCCUCGUGAAGAUAUCGGAAAGCUACGAGACUGAUGCAAAUGAAACAUAAUUGACGACUUGUUGAUUGGAGAUUAAAUAAUAGUUUAAUUUACGCUUUAGAUCAUAUAUACUGAUUUGCCGUAAUAGUAUCGUGUAAUCGCCAACGCUUCAGUACAUAAAGCGCCAACAAGAGAGACAAGAUAGCUGCCUUAAAUUUUCAAGAUAAGCGACAGUUUGAAUGACGUAAAAAAAACAAGGACGUUUUAUCACUGUAGCCCCUACAAAAGUUGCAUUACGCAUUUCCAGCUAGCGUAUCUAUAAAAUCUCCGGAAAGUCUCCUAAUCAGUCUUUUCGAGAUCACGCGACCAUCGGGGACUACCCACGCUGAAAACCAAGUUCACUGAAAGUUAUAGUUUAAAAAAGUAUCUGAGAUAUUAAGCUUUUUAUAUUUUAGACAAAUUGCGAGAGUCUGUCGAUAGUAUAUUUGUGUGGAUAGUACAGGGAAAGGAAGAACGGAUCGAACGUGUGUAAUAAAAUAAUAAGAAGAAAAGAGGAGGUUGGCGGUCAAAAUGAUUAACAAUCAGCAUUGUGUGAUUUUUAACACUGGCGAGACCAACAAUUAUCAUCAACCGGUCUCGGCCAAGCCUUCAGUCGUCUCGGUAUCGAGUAUCGACUCCGACGUCAGCGACAGGAGAGACGUACGCGAGGAAUUGUACGCCGGGAUAUUUAGGAGGCACAGAAAAACUAUAUUGGUACUAGGCAGUUUUCUCAAGAUGUUAAGGGUGAAUAGAAACAUGAACAAUUACGCUAGCAUUAAACCCAAUGACGAAACGGACGAUUAAAUUAAAUCAUUGUUGGAUCAGUUAAUUUACGUUUUAAAGUCUAAUUUUUGAGUGUAAAAAGUUUAUCGAUAUAUUUCUUUUUAUAUUGCAAAUGAGGGUAAAGUUUCUUAAUCAUAGAGCAUCGGAAACAAAAAUUCUUCUGUAAAUAGGUAAACUUGUAUAGAAAUUUUUUAUAAGAUAUCGACUAAAUAAUAAUCUUAGCAUUGGUUCUAAAUUUCGUAGGUUCUAAAUUUCAUAUCAAUUCUAUAUAAUAUUGCAAAUAUUUAUUCUCCUUUAUUUUAUAGAUAAUUAUUAACAUAUAACAAAGUUAUGCUAGAUAUUGUAACAUUUACACUUAAAAUAUUUGUUAUUUUUUAUCAUUAAUUCUCUUAAUGUGUUUUCUAUGCUAUUUUUUUAUGAAAAUUAUUUCUAGGAAGUUUUUUUCUCUAUUAAAUAACAAGAUUAAAUAACAAGAAAUUAAAUCAAUGAAAGAAAACUGCCAAUCGAAAGAUUUACAUAAAUAGGGAAGAAAUAUAUAUAUAAGUAUGUAUUAAAAACAUUUUAACUGUUGCAAAAAUGCAGAAAAAAGUUCAAAAAAGAGUAAUUUAUUCUAUAAUCAUAGAUCAUCGAUUUAUCGAUCGAAAAAUUAAUUACAUUUUUUAUUGGUAUAUUUUUUUUUUAAAUUCUCGUCAUUGGUUUUAAUAUUAUUCGACGGUUAAAUACAAUACGUAAAUUUUUAAUACAUUUUAUCAUAUAUUCGUUCAAUAUUCGUUGAUCAUCAAAAAAAUGUGAAAUAUUAAGUAAUUCUUUUUUGUUUUGCAGAAAUAUUUGGACAGAUUGCAUGCUCUGAGCCGGAUAUACGCUUUAAUUGCUUUAAGAUUCGAAACGCACCAAAAGUUUUGGUAAACUCGCUGUAUUUUUCUGCAUUUCGCUAUGCAUUAUGCAUUUGCAUUUUGAAAUUUCCUCAUCUUAAAAUAUGUCGUCUCAUGUGUCUCGUAUCAAAACAUGUUGUUUAUGUUUUAUGGACGUUUAAAAUGAUGCGCUUUAGACUUUUAUACAUGUACAUAGAGAGAGAAUUCUUUUGUAGAAUUUAAGAAAAAUUUCUGUGAAAAGUAAGUGCUGCUAAUGUUGCCGGUAUAAUCCGAAACGACCCAUCAAAUCGGCCAAAACCUUAAUGUAUACCAAAAUUACUGUCUGUGUUAUUGUUGACGAGCUUAAUAUUUUUUAGAGAUACAUAACUGAGGGCAUAUGUAACAGUAUAAGAUUUGUACAGUAUUAACUAAUUACGAAUAUCAAAUCAAUGCCUUAUCACUUGAAACUUAAACGUAUUUUCUAUUUUUAUCGCUUAAUUGUCGAUUGAUCACCAACAUUUUUUUCUCAUUGUUCUAUAUCUGAACAUUUUUAUAUGAUUUCUGUCUUUAUAUCGAAUACUGCCAUUAGAAAUUAAAAUAUUAAGAUAGAUGUGAAUUAACAAAAGCAAUCUGGAAAACAACUACACGUUCAACAAUUUCCUAAGGCAUACCUAAACAACACUUUUUAAAUAAGUUUCUAUUUAAUAAGGCAAACAUGUACUUAGCCGAACCACUCACUGUCGUAAGACUGAAACAUGUGCUCUUUUGGAACAUUAAACGUGCCAUAUUAUCUUAGGAAAAGAGAUUCGAGAAAGAGAAAGAGAGAGGAGAGAGAAAAAAAAGAGAAAGAAAAGAAGUUCUUAUGUAUUUCUGAAUUUCUGAAAUUGCCAUAGUUCUCAGCAUAUACGACGUGGAGCAUAUCUAUAUGCACAAUGGUAAUGCGAUAGAUGCAAAUUAUAUUCUGUAUUUAAGCCAGGUGCAAAUCUAAUCGAAUCGAAAAGAAUAUUUUGUUUUUAAAAUAAAAUGAACAAUCGAAAGUCGACUGCGAAUUAUUAAUCGGAGAAUCUAUAGGAUAUAAAGUUAUUUGAGCAAUUGCGCAGUUAAAUGUACGUAUGCGUGUGUGCGCAUGUAUGUGUACAUGUACUGAAAAUUCUCAUACAUACAUAUAUAUAUAUAUAUAUAUAUAUAUAUAUAUAUAUAUAUGUGUGUAUGUAUGUAUGUGUGUAUGUAUGUAUGUAUAUACCUACACGCGAUAACAGCGUUAGAAAUAUUUUCUUCGAAACUAACCAAGAUGUACUUGGAGUCUCUAUCUUACGAACUUCGAAGCGUACUCUAUUAUUGACAUGUAUAAUCACGAAUAAAGUGAAACAGAAAGCAACCGUAAAAAUGAUGACCGAUGUCGGAGAAGCCGGAGCGGCGGAGAUUCAAUUAAAAAACGAAAAACACUCGAGCGAGGAUACAGUAGAUUUUUCAGAAGCUGUAGAGAAAUUGGCGGAAGGUCUCUUGAGUGUUUAUCAACCUCCAUUGGAACAAGUUAAACAAGAACUUUUCGAGCUGACGAGUAAACAAGAGACUUUGCUUGCUCGAAUGCAGCUUGAAAAUAAAAGGAUACAUGAAACAUUUGAAGAUAUAGAUUUAAAUGAUAUGUUUUCAGCUGUUAAAAUUUAUCAAGGAAAAUUAGCGGUGAUAAGAAAGGAGAUGAUCAAUAUUCAUGAAAGGACUUCGAAAUUAAAGAAACGUGUACUGCGUUUGCAACAGAUCAAGCAGAAGGAAGCGAUGAAUAGAGAACAACAACGUGAACAAGAAUUGCGCAAGGAACAAGAAUUAAUUAGCAGAUCAACAAUCAAUUAAGAGCGUAUAAAUCUUUACAAAUUGAUUCAUACACAUCAUUUGUACAUAAGAAAUACUGGGGUGUGUGAAGUUGGCACCUCUAUGGUACGAAAUAAUGAUAGUUCUGUUAAGAGUUCUAGAUUAUUUUCAGAAAAAAGAAGAGUUCUUGAUAGUUUUUACAAAUAGUUCUGCCUAUUAUAACAUAAAAUAAAUAAAUUUUAAAAAAUGGGGGUGCUAACUUCAUACCCAACACUAGCACUGAAUAGAUCUAAAUAGCUCAUUUAAUGUCUUUUAAUGAGUACUAAAGUUCUUGAUAUAAUAAAAACUUUUUUAAUUAAGAGAAAAAAAUAAAAUAUAAAAAUGUCAAAUCCGAAUGGUUCUGAAAGCAUAUACUAUAUGCUACUCAGAAGAACUCUAUAUUUUCCCAUAACGUGACAAUAUAUGCUAACAGAUUAAUAUACAAACUUUCAUUUUACGUAUUGAAGUGUACAUUUAUGUGCAAUAAAUUGUUGAAUGGAAAUACUUUACAGAA